GGGCGGGGGUGGUGCCGGCGCCGCGAUCCUGGCCCCAGCGGUCUCCGGACGAGGAAGGAGAGGAACAUGGGCGCUCGCAGAAUGGAAACAGACUAUAAUCCCGUGGAGCUAAGCAGUAUGUCUGGAUUUGAAGAAGGCUCCGAGCUCAAUGGGUUUGAGGGAGCGGAUAUGAAGGACAUGCAGCUGGAGGCCGAGGCAGUUGUAAACGAUGUCCUCUUUGCUGUCAACCACAUGUUUGUCUCAAAAAGCCUGCCCUGUGCAGAUGACGUGGCUUACAUCAACGUGGAGACAAAGGAAAGGAACAGAUACUGCCUGGAGCUCACAGAAGCAGGGCUCAGGGUGGUGGGCUAUGCUUUUGACCAAGUGGAGGAUCAUUUGCAAACCCCCUACCAUGAGACAGUCUACUCCUUGUUGGAUACUCUCAGCCCUGCCUACCGGGAAGCAUUCGGAAACGCACUCCUUCAGAGACUGGAAGCUUUGAAACGAGAUGGGUAGUCAUGACUCAUCUUCCUCCUAAUGGGGCCACUGCUGGUAUAGAAUCUAACAUAAGACUUGACACCCUUGCAUACAGUCACUAUAGAAAAUGCAUCAUUCAUUGGCUUUCUGUGUUCGCCAUUCCUUCACACGCAGGCUUUUGACUCCCCGCGGAAUUGAGUUGUCUUAAUUUCAGCUUCAUGGAAGGGGAUUUAAUUUUGAGACCAUUGCUCUGACACUCUCAUUCUGAGUUUCACACGCAGCCACUCUGUAUUUCAAUCCCUAGUCAGCACUUCAUUCUCUUAUUACAGGGCUUCAACGCUGCCAGCACUCUUUUACAUAGAAAAUUCUAGAUUUGCACAGUGAUACAGAAAUUAGAAUCACCUAACUUCAGACCUGGAUUCAGCCUGCUAAAUCAGGGGUUUACUACUAGCUUGGACUGACUUUGUAGUGGUUAUUUUGUAACUGGCCUUAUUGGAAACAAACUGUCAACUAGUUUCCCCUGCACAAAUUCUGAAAUGUACUGCUCUACUUAAUCUAGUCACAUGACCAAGUGGACUGGUGAAGAUGGGUUGCUCAUCUGUUUCUUAACUAAGAUACAAUGAAAGCAGGGACAGAAAUCGUUCUCCAUUCCUUGUUUGCAACAGCCAGCCUAGAGCGGACAGAGCAUUCGCACAUGAAUGUAACAAUUACUCAUCCCCAUGAUGUCUAAGCACAGGAGCAAAUAGAGGAACAGGCCACCUCAUCCCCCAGUGUGGAUCUCUUCCAAGGAAGAAGAUCCUGGCUUCCUAGGAAACGGUAUUUUGGCCUGUGUUGAUUCUUACUCCGAAUGUUUGUUUACAAUGUACAGUAUAUAUAUAUAUAUAUAUGCACAUAUAUAUUCAGAAAGUAUUUUUGCUUCAAUGCUUACUUUCUAUAAAGCAGUGCUUUGGUAUUCCUACAGCGCCCUUCUUCCCCAGCAGUUGGACAGUGCUCUGUCUCAUUGCCACAUGAACAGUGUAACAUGAGUGCAUUGUAUGGUUCGAAACCAAAGGAUGAAUGAAGCAUUCAGAAACUUGAUAUUUAAAAAAGAGAUGCUCUGUAUUUUAUAUUUUAUUACAGUCCCUGGUGUUUAUAAACGUAAUAAAGUCCUCCGUGCUGCUGCAUGUUUUCCAGUAUGUGACAAACAGAAA